AUGGCUGAGGUUGCUGGGCUCGCCAUCGGUAUCAUCGGCCUCGGCGGGCUGAUCGGUGCAUUCAAAGACACCAUCGACCUCUUUACCCUCGUAGUUGACACGCGCCAUCUGGGCCGCCAAUACGAGAUUUUGGACACGAAACUUGACAUCGAGAAAACACUUCUUCUACAGCGGGCAGAUCGCGUCAGACUGCUUCGCAAUGACUAUGACAAGCGGCUCGACGAUGCGAACACCCAGAGGCUUCUGACCCGAAUACUUGCAUCUAUCGGCUCCAUCUUGUCGGAUUCGGAGGGCUUGCAGGAGCGAUAUGGCCUGCGAUCCGAAGAUGAUGCAUCUCUGGCUGCGGACCCCAUCGCACCAGCAUCAUCCCACUUGGUUGCUUCCGGUCUACCCUUGGAGGCGUUGACGAGGGAAUUGCCCAGCCCGCCCACCGACAAGGCUCGCCGCAACCGUUGGCGCAUCAGUCAACCGCGGAUGGACAAAUUUGUCCGAGACUUUAAUGCUCUCCAACUGCGCGCUGGCUCUCGGGAGAAGGCGGCGUCGGUCCUUUGUAAGGCGCGCUGGGUCAUUCGAGACAAGCAAAAGUUUGAGCAUCUGAUUCAAGACCUCGCACAUUUCAUCUCGAAGCUCAGCGAGGUUAUCCCGGCUACAAGCUACGACCCGGCCUCUGCCUCUGACAAUGCCAUGAUUACCAGCGACCUUGCGCUCAUCAAGACGAAUUUGGGGCAUCUGAAGAUAAUCCUGGAAGCAUCCGAGGGCCAACACCGGGCCAUAGCUGAGUCUACGCAACACGCCAUCGACAAGACACACCAAGAUCACGUGCUGGACACAUUGUGGUUUCGAAGAAUUAACGACCGAAAGGACAGCAUCGCCGAAGCUCACAGAAAGACGUUCCAAUGGGCGCUAGAAGAGCCACCGAAAGGUACAGAUGCCUGGGAUAGCCUCCCGGCCUGGCUCCGGCAUGGAUCCGGCAUUUACUGGAUAUCGGGGAAAGCGGGGAGCGGGAAGUCGACACUCAUGAAAUACAUAUACAGCCACGGCCUCACUGAUACCAUGUUUUCCCAGUGGGCCAAUGGUGGCCGCUAUGUCCGAUGCCACUUCUUUGUCUCCAACCUCGGUUCCGACGAGCAGAAGACGCAGGACGGGCUUUCGCGAACCUUGUUGCAUCAAAUUCUGUCGCAGAGGCCGUCCCUCAUCCAACACGCGCUCCCCAACAUGUGGAAAGAGUCCCUAGAGAGUCAAAGGACAGAGAGCAUCGGCUUACCCUCUGCAACCGAGACGCGUCGCGCACUUGAGGUCAUCGCUGGCCACGCAUCCAUUGUAGGACGGUGCUGUCUCUUCAUCGAUGGCCUCGACGAGUUCGUGGGCGACUAUGCGGAUGCCGUCGACUUCGUCAAGCAGCUUGCCAAGAGCGAGGACAUCAAGGUUGUCGUCUCGAGUCGGCCAGUUCCAGCAUGUGUUGACGCUUUUCGGUUUUUACCGCGUCUACAGCUACACCAUCUGACGCAGACCGAUAUUCAAAUGUAUGUCAACGAGGUCGUCGGCGGCCACCCGUCCAUGCAGAGCCACAUGAGACGUUUCCCACAAGAUUCCCAGAAGCUCUUGAGUGAACUGGUGCAGAAGUCGUGCGGUGUAUUUCUAUGGGUCAUCCUCGCGUGUCGGUCCGUCCUUGGCGGUUUUGCUGACAGUGAUCGACUCUCGGAGAUCCGUCGCCGCGUCGAUGAACUCCCACCCGAACUCGAAGACAUGUUUAGGCACAUGCUCGGCAAGGUCCAAAAACGGCACCAGCGGCAGGGCGCGCAGCUGUUCAAGAUAUGCCAUACUUACCAGAAGACAAACUCCCCGUUCUUGCGCACGGAUUUAUUUGCGCUUGGUCUCGCAUUGGUUGACGACUAUCACACGGGUCCGAUAUCGAUCAAAGCCGUGACCGCCGAAGACGACCGUGAGAUUUGUGAGGAACUUGAAGGCCGACUGAGAAGUCGCUGCGGUGGCUUGCUGGAGAUGAAAACUGCUAGAACCCCCCCAGCUGGAAAGGAAAUUGGCCCAAAGGUGUCGUUCAUGCACCGCACCGUAUUUGAAUUUCUCAAUAACGCCGACGUCUGGAAGUUGGACUGCUUACGGACUCAAGAUGCCGCCUUCGAUGCCGCUACGGCAUUGUCCCUCUAUGGCAUCCACAUGGCCGUACAAGCGCUGUCCGAGACAAAUGACGUUCAGGCCAUGGACCAUCUCGAGGUAGGGCUUUGGUGGGGAGUGGUGGCCGAUCGGGAGAGGCCCGGCGACACUCGGAAUUGCUUCUUUCACCUCGGGCCCUUUCUCGACGCUCUCAGUCAGCCGGGAAGGCAGUUGUGGACGGCGACCAUGCAGAGACUUAAACAGCUAUACGCCACCAUCAUUCCCGCGGCCCCUCCUGGACACCCUUCGGCCCGCUUCAUGUUGGCUGUUGAAGCCGGAGCGUUGAACUUUGUCCGGCAGCACCCUGACUUCGCGGCGGCCAAGGCUCGGAACCGCCGCUGUCCGUGUCAAACAUGCAGGCCAAUUCUCAUCCACGCGGUCUCUAAGCGGUGUCUCAGUCAUAAGUUUAACGACGAGCCGUCAGACGGGAUAUUCAGCCGUACCGAAAUGACCCGACUGCUCCUCAAGUCUGGAUUUGAGGGCGCCGAUCUUCUCGAGGAUAUCUGUGUGUUGUGGAUGGACAAUCUUUGGCUCUGGGUGGAUGAGUCCGGACAGCCCGAGGGCUCCAAGCUAAGCGGACGGGAAAGACUGCUUCUUCAGAGCACAGCAAGAGCGUUCCUGGAGGCGGGCGUUGAUCCCAAGUUAAUCCACCCCUUCCUGAAAUCAGUCGACCCAAGCUACGUGGGAACGGAAAUGGAGAUAUAG